AUGGAAGGCAGAGGAUUGAGACUCAAAGACAAGCACAUGUUUGACAAAGCCAGCAAUAUCCUUAUUCUCCUCGCCACUCUUCUUUCAUCACUUCUUCCCUUCUGCAGUGCUCAAGGCAAAAAUACACAGUUUGGUUACCUAGAAGGGAGUGACAAUGGUCCAGAUCAGAGGGCUAAAAUCAACCCAGAUUGGAAGGUUUGUGGUGAUGGAAAAAUGAAAUCUCCUAUUGAAAUUCUUUGGACAAGAGUGCAAGUUUCAUCCGGCUUGGGGAAGUUAGUGAGGGAUCAUAAACCAGCCCCUGCAGCAUUGAAAAAUAGGGGACAUGAUAUUGAUGUUACAUGGAUGGAGGAUGCAGGGGUUAUCAAUAUAGAAGGAACUGACUAUAGCCUAAAAUCAUGUCAUUGGCAUUCACCUUCUGAGCACACCUUUACAGGAUUAAGGUACCUCUUGGAAUUGCAUAUGGUUCAUUCAAGUAGUGAUGGAAAGGUAGCCGUCGUUGGAAUCGUCUACAGAUAUGGCAGACCUGAUCCCUUCCUUGCUAAGCUGGUCCCUUACCUCAACUCAGUUGGGACUACAGGGAAGGAUGUAGGUAUUAUCAAUCCUAGAGAGAUAAAUUUUCCAAGCAAAGGAUAUUACAGAUACAUGGGCUCUCUUACUACACCUCGAUGCACAGAGGGUGUUACUUGGACCAUAAUUAAGGAGGCUGGAGUGGUCUCAAGGGCACAAAUGAGGGCAUUAAGGAAAGCUGUUGAACCAGGAUAUGAAGCAAAUGCAAGGCCUAUUCAACAGCUAAACAAUAGGACUGUUUUGUUAUAUACUCCAUGGGUGAUUGAAGAUUCUAAUUAGCUUGGGAGUUAUAUAACCUAAAUGAAGGAAAUAAAUAAAUAAGGAUGAGGGAGAGCUUGCAAUUUAUGUUUGCAUGCAUGGAAAA